UAUUAUUUUUUGUUCUCUCUACAAGCCAACUUUAAAAUUUUUCUGACUGGCAGUCAUUUCGCUUUUUCAUUGUUUUUGUAUAAUCAAAACAUUCAUUAAUGUUUGCUAUCUCAAAAAUGAAGUUUAAAGAUUAGGUUAAAACUACAAAGAAAACUUACAUCUACAUUGUAAGUCGUGUUUUAUAGUGAUCAAAGAGUACUAACCUAAAAUGAGAACGUAGUGCGUAUAAAAAAACGAUAAACAAAGUUAGCUAAUCUCCCACAAAAUAAUUGAAAAAAAAAUGAGUGACAAAUGGUUAAGUGGUAGCAGUUCCGAGUCGGGAAUACUGCGAAAAACAAAAAUAGCACAGCAUACAGCCGCAACGGACGACCUACUGAUAUUUGGUUAUGCUGCCAAAUUAUUUCGAAAUGAUGAACAAGCGCGGUUCAUGGAUCAUGGCAAGCAUCUGAUACCAUGGAAUGGUGAUAAUACACUUAAAAUAGACAGAUACGAUGUUCGUGCCACUCUAUCGGAUCUUCAGCCGUAUGAGGCCCCAUCCGGCGGAUACACGAAUCGUUUGGAUUAUUUAACGCCAGCCGAACAGCGAGCGGAGCAACUGUGCGAAGAGGAACGCUAUCGCAGUUUAUAUGAUAAUGAUGUGGACGAGGAAUUGUAUCGAGAAGAAGAAUCGAAGCGUUCGCAAGCAUCUUAUCAACAAAUAUCGUUCAACUAUGACGGAAACAGUGCAACAGAAGAAAAGGAAGUGGAAGAACCAAAGGAUGAAGAAACGGAUGAACCAUUCGUCCCGAAUCCAAAGUUUCACAUUCCGCAAGAUAUCGAAAUCCCCCAGUCGUUGAAACUUCACGCCAUUAUAGAGAAAACGGCAAGAUUUAUUGCCGGCCAAGGAAUCCAAAUGGAAAUCUUAAUCAAAGCGAAACAAUCGAACAAUCCGCUGUUCGAGUUCUUGAACCAAAACAAUCGCAUGAAUCGCUACUACAAACAUGUAAUGAAUGCCAUUAAGUCGAACACGUAUCCGGUGGUCGAAGAGAAUGAGGACAAUGAAGAUGGCAACAGCAACGAUGCGAGUACAACUGCACCAGCAAUGAACAACGCGAUUCCGGACGUUCCGUAUCAACCGAUGCUCGUUCCAACGUUGAAGUAUAAGCCUUCUGCCGAUUGCUCCUACACCCAACUCAUCAGCAAAAUCAAAGGAGUUCCAAUGCCUCUCAAUCAGCUCGAUUCCGCAUCGGAAACUGGUGUGAAUUCUAAUGUGAACAGUCCACAGCCUUUUGACUACAACAAUGAACGUACACAAUCGCCCGUGACUGUAACAGUUCCGCAACCGACGACUGCAAUACUACCGAUGUCACAGAAACUCCUGUUAGAUCUGGAUCACGAGAAAAUAAAGGCCACCAUACAGUCCAAGGCCGAAGGCGUCGAAAUCAACAAAAUAUCCACCGGACUGAUGCUAGCGCAGUGCUACAAUUCGGAUUCGGAAAGUGACGAUGAUGAUGGAAGCGAAGCGAAAGAUAAAAUGCCAAAGAUCGAUUUUCCCAUUCCACAUCCGGAUCUUCAGAAUAUCAUUGACAAAACAGCGGCAUACGUACUGAAGAACGGACGUGAGUUCGAGGAUAUUUUAAGAACCAAAAAUGAUGCGCGAUUUUCCUUUCUAUCCGCAACGGACGAGUACCAUCGUUAUUACAUCUACAAAGUGAGUGGCAUCAUUUAUCCGACAACAACAACACCUUCAACGCUGACAACAGCAUCAUCAGCUCCACCACCAAUGCCAACCAAAAUUCCGUACGCUUCAAAUGCACCGAAAGUGAUCACUUCAGUGUCAUUUUCCAUUAAACCGAAAGACGAUCAACCGAUACCUCUAAAACCCGCUUUGCCGCUAGAACCCAGCAGCGACGAAGACGAAGCGAAUAGUGUGCCUUCCAUUGUGGUGCCUGCACCACUUGAACCGAAUAACAGAACCGCUCAUUCCGCAAAAUUGUCCGUGCACGACAUCAUCAAUGUGAGCAUACCUCCGCCGACCAUACUCCGAGUCAAUGGCAUUGAACCACCGAAAUUGCUCGAAGAGAAAUUGGUUCGAAUCAAUCACAAAAUCGAAAUGGUUUCCGACGUGUCGGAUAUUAGUAUCCGUGACGCAAUGCUGGAGAAUUGCAUAUCUGGUGACGAUAAGAGAGAGGCUAGACGAGCUGAGGACAAGUUCAAAGAUCGAUUGGCACAAGUGGCGCGUGAGAAAUUGGGAAUGCUGAGCAAAGAAAAGCAAUUACAGUUGGAGAGGAAGAAGAAAGCGAUGGCAUUUUUGAAUCAGAUUAAGGGCUCUUCGAAUCAAACAUCAUCCGUCGAAAACAUGACACUGCCAACCAAAGCUACUCAAUCAGUCACGAAUCCGUUACCCGUAACCCUAGAAAAUCAGACGACAGCUUCAUCAACACAAAACAACACCGAAUCGGAUGCAACAAUUGAGUCGGUACAUUCGUCACCCAUUAGAGACGGUUCUAGUAAACUGAACGAAAGCAGCGACGAUGAUGUCCAAGAGGUUUUCAGUAACCGAUCCCGAUCCAGAUCCAGGUCCGCUUCAAAACGUGAGAAGCGAAAAAAGUCCAAGCAUCGCAGUAAGAAAAAAUCAAAGCGUAGAGCCAGCCGAUCCAGAAGCAGAUCGAGUGGAAGGGAUCGGAAGAGUAGGAAACGGUCAUCGUCCAAGAAACGACGGCGCAAGAAUCGUGACGAUUAGAUUUUUCGUUUGUUAAGUUUGGUUGUUACAGUUGACUGUCCCCGUCGGCAGGCAAUAAAUAUUUUGAUUAUCGAAAUGGAA